AUGAUAGAGUGGACAUAUAUAAAAAAAUAUAAAAAAACAAUUAUUAAUCCAAUAUACUUAAGAUCAAAAACAUACAUUCCCCAAGGGUUUUUAUCAAAAUAUACUACUGUAAAAAAUGAAAAUAAAAUUUACUCAAAAAAGAAUUUUAAUAAUAUAUUAAUGCAAAAUUUAAAAAUUACAGAAGACGAGAAAAUAGUAUGUGAAAAAGUUUAUUGUUCUAAAUAUAAUUUACCUUACAUAUUAAAAAUACCUUUUAGUGAUUUAAGAUUAAUUGACACAUAUAACAAUAAUCACAAUCCAACUAUAUUAGUAAGAAAAAAUGUGAUUAUGUUAAGAACUGGCUUUAUAAGUUGUAUCAUUCGAUUUAAUGAAUUAUGGUUAUUUGAACCAAAUAAUCCUUUAGUGAUAAAAGCAAUAAAUUUAAUUAAAGAGAACUUUAAAAAAAAAUGGAAUUUAAAAAUUGAAGAGUGCACAGAUUAUAUAAGAAAUUAUUCUAAAGGAAAAUGUGAUGAUAAUUUAGAAGAUAAAAAAAAUGAUGAAAAAGAAGAUAUAAAUUAUUUGAAUGUAAAAAAUAACUUUUAUAGAUAUAAUGCAAACAAUAUUUUUGAAUUUUUAUGUUUAGACAUAUGUAUGCAACUAUCUAUAAAAGAGUAUGAAAACGAUAUAGAUAAAAUUAAUGGAAAAAUUCGAGAAAAAAUACAACUACAAAGAAAAGAAGAAAAUAAUGAAAUAAAUAUGCUAACAAACAAAUUAUUAAGAGAUAUGAUGAAAAUUAAAAACAAUUUACAGAAAUUAUCCAAUUUAUUAAAUGCUCUUCGUAGUAAUAUCGAAAAAAUAUUAAAAGAUAAUAAUGAUAUGAAGAAUAUGUAUUUAACCUUUUUGCAUAAUAAUAAAUAUAUAAAUCAAUUAAAAGAUUAUAGUGAUUUAGAAAUAUUACUUGAAACUCAUUUACAAUUAACAGACGAAUUAUAUGGGGAAUUAGAAAAUAUUGAAGAAAAAAUUACACAUUAUGAAGAAUUAAUGAGAUUAAAUUUAGAUUAUAAUAGAAAUAAAUUUAUUUUAUUAAAUGUAAAAAUUUCUUUUGCAACUUUAUUCUGUUCUAUAUGCUCGGUUAUUACGAGUUUAUUUGGUAUGAAUUUAAAAAAUUUUAUUGAGAAUAAUGAUUAUGCUUUUUUUAUCGUUUCUAUUUUUAUUUCUUUUUGGUCAUUAAUAGGAAUAUAUUUCACUAAGAAUAUAAAUACACUACUAAAAUUUUUUGAUAAAUAUAAAAUAAAAUAA